AAUGGCUGUUAAGAAAUCAUCACAACAACUGGUCUCCAAACACCAGCUAGAGAUGCCUUGGUUUCCCCAGUGUGGAAGAUGAGAAGGCGUUCCACGUUACACUUUUAAAACAAACAUUGGCAAGACUGCACUGUUUCCAAAUGUGAUUUAGGGAGAGAGCCAGCAGAUAAAAAAGGAUGUUUAUUUUUGUCCAUGAGCCUCCAUCAAGCAAUCUGGAGAACUGGGUGGUCACAACUUCACAGCCUGCCAUGGCCCUGCACGCGCCCUUUCUCUGCCACCGUACAAAGCCUGGGAGAACGCUUUAGAAAACAAAUCAGGACACUACUUAUCGAUCUGAAGCCACAAGGAGUUAUGAGUACUCCUCGCUGCCAAAGGGAAGGGGAUUUUGAGCAAAUGCUCCACAUCUGUGAGCACUGAGUACAAAGAGCCCGGCUGUUGGAAGGUCCUGUGAGCACUAGCCAAAGAUGUUUGUGUUGCUCUAUGUCACAAGUUUUGCCAUAUGCGCAAGUGGACAACCUCGGGGUAGUCAGAUCAAAGGAGAGAGCUACUCCCCAAGAUAUAUCUGUAGCAUUCCUGGCUUACCUGGACCUCCAGGACCCCCUGGAGCAAACGGUUCUCCUGGGCACCAUGGUCGAAUCGGCCUUCCGGGAAGAGAUGGUAGAGAUGGCAGGAAAGGAGAGAAAGGCGAAAAGGGAACUGCAGGUCUGAGAGGUAAGACGGGGCCUCUGGGUCUGGCUGGUGAGAAAGGAGACCAAGGAGAGCCUGGAAAGAAAGGACCCAUGGGACCAGAGGGACAGAAAGGAGAAGUAGGUCCAGCUGGGCUUCCUGGGCCAAAGGGAGAUCGAGGUGAUCAAGGGGACCCAGGGCUGCCUGGAGUGUGCAGAUGUGGGAGCAUCGUGCUCAAAUCCGCCUUUUCUGUGGGCAUCACAACCAGCUACCCAGAAGAAAGACUACCUAUUAUAUUUAACAAGGUGCUCUUCAACGAGGGAGAGCACUACAACCCCAUGACUGGCAAGUUCAUUUGUGCCUUCCCAGGGAUUUACUACUUCUCUUAUGACAUCACACUGGCCAACAAGCACCUGGCCAUCGGGCUGGUGCACAAUGGUCAAUACAAGAUAAAGACCUUCGACGCCAACACAGGGAACCACGACGUGGCUUCCGGCUCCACAGUCAUCUACCUGCAGCCAGAGGACGAAGUCUGGCUGGAGAUCUUCUUCACGGACCAAAAUGGCCUCUUCUCAGACCCAGGGUGGGCAGACAGCUUGUUCUCUGGAUUCCUCCUCUACGUGGACACAGAUUAUCUAGAUUCCAUAUCAGAAGACGAUGAGCUGUGAUCCACAGCGCAGACCUGAAUGCACCGAGCUCGCUGUGGCUGACACUUUGACUCAAUCUGGAGUGCUGGGAGGUGAGACAACCAAGAAGGGGAUCCAAAGAGGCCCCUAAUCAGAACCCAGAGCCUUUACAGACCGUUCUGGCAAAAUGGAUUGAAACAAGACAAACCACCAGACCACUGAAGCCAUACCAACAUGAGCUAUAUACAAUAACCCCAGCUAUGAAUUCUCCUGAAACUCAUGUUUAUAAAUAUUUAAACAAAUUAAAGACAUAACAAAAUUUUAUUAAAUGCCUUUAGUGAUAAAACUAGCUGGCAAUGAUACCACCUCAUUAAAUCUUCAUAAAAUUAUAUUUUGUCUGUUAUUUAAGAGAACCAUAACUUCCCAAAGUCUUUGACAAUUCUCAAAAUGCUAUAAUAAGUCAAAAUACAAAUUUAAGGGAUGCUGAGACAUUUCAAAUAAAUUAAAGUGAACUGA